AUGCACCUGAGCGCGUGCGAGUCGUGCCACUCCCUGCUCGUGCUCUGCAUCCUUCUGAGGAGUUGCCAACCCUUCAGGAACGACGCCACGGAGCUCCUGUUCUCAAGCGUGAGCGCGCCGGUGCCGCCGGAGGUUCAGAGCAACGUGACCCUGAACCGCGCGCGGACCGGCGGGCGAGGAGCGGCCGGCGGGGCGCACGACAGAGGAGAGCGAGGCCAAAUCGGAUGCAGAGAGCUGAGGUCCACUAAGUACAUCUCCGACGGCCACUGCACCAGCAUCAACCCCAUCAAGGAGCUGGUGUGCGCCGGCGAGUGCCUCCCAGCUCAGAUGCUCCAAAACUGGAUCGGCGGCGCCUACGGCAGGAAGCUGUGGGGUCGCCGGGGCGGCGGCCAGGACUGGCGGUGCGUCAACGACAAGACCCGCACCCAGCGCAUCCAGCUGCAGUGCCAGGACGGCAGCGCCAGAACGUACAAAAUCACCGUGGUCACCUCCUGCAAGUGCAAGAGGUACUCGAGGCAGCACAACGAGUCGGGCAACAAGUUCGGGGAGCCGGCUCUGUCGGCACCGCAGCUCGUGCACAAGUCCAAGAGCAAGAGGAGGCCGGGGAAGAACCGGCUGAGCGAGAACUGGCACGACACCGAACCCUGA